AUGAAGGCAUUUUUCCUCGUUGCUGCUUUGUUGCUAGGUACCUCUAGCGCAAAUCCACAGGCAUCAAAAAGAACUCUAACUUGUUCAAGUAAGAGAAUAAUAAUCGCCUUUACAAUUUUUUGUUUUUCGAACUCCUUUAACUUGACUAAAAUCUUUCAUUUUUAUUUGUGGUUAAAAAUAGUAGUAUUAAAUAACACAUGCCUAUAAUUGAACUGUGAUCCUGCCCAAUUGAGUUAAAAAGAAGUUUUUUUCUGAUAAAAGGAUACAAGAACAGCACUCACUGGUUAUUUUACCAGUUGUUUUAGGCUUGGGUCAAUAGCCUUACCCGCCAGGUUAGAAAAUGAAAAUAGUUUAUUGGUGGUUACGGUGGACAGGGCCUGAGGAAAUGGAACUUUAGCAUUUAGAAGUAAAUUUUCAUUAGCACACAGAAGUAACUCGUUGUCCUUAUUUUCAGUAAGGCCCGUGAUAUGUUAUGCGACUCUUUUUUUUUUUUCACAAAUUUGGGAUGCAUACAUGAACAGCGGCGAGUCAUACUCUACUCUAGCGCAUUGUCGUUACCUCGGCCACAUGCACGCAGGCCAAACUGUGUGGUUUCAGUACAAUAGCGUCGGAAUUGGUCACUUAUCUUACGACUAGGAUAAACUUUCUUCAUCGUUUUUCAAUAACAUUGUUUUUUUUUUAUUCAACAUAAACCCUUUUUACUUGUUAAAUUAUUGUUUUUUGUCGAAUCGUAUUUAUUUAUUUAUUUAUUUAUUUAUUUAGAAUUUCCGCGUCAGCUAUCAGGAAGACUCUAUUUGGUGAGAGGAACUUUUUUAUAUUAAACUCCCCAUUCGACUGAACAAACUAGUGAGUAAUAACCAAAUAUGCAAGCGAAUAUAACUGUUCAGUGCGAAAGCACAUUGACGAAUUGAACAACUAGCAAAAAUUGAGCAUCCACAGUCCUCGUGCCACUUCAACCGAAAACAAGUCACUACAGAUUUUUUACCUAACUACUUUUGAAGUUGUUGUCACCUAUUUUUCCCUUUAUGUCACUGCUUAAACAAAACAUGAAAAACAUGAGAAUGAGGAACAUGAUCUUCUCUCUUGUCUUUCUUUUCCUUUUCUAUUGGUGGAGAAAGGGGUUAUUAGAAUACUGAUGAUCGUAAUAGCAGCAAUUAAAGUCUUGAGCGGGAGUGCUUAAUAUAUGAAUCUAUAUAGAGGGUUUAGAUAGUGUUCAAGUUUGUUCAAAGUUAUUUUGCCAUUUCUAUUGAAACAGAAGUAGAAAAACAUCCAGAAUUUUGCUAAUAAAACUUUCUAUGCUAUUCACCAUGACAAAAAUAUUUUAAACUCGUGCAAAAAUUUGUCUGCAUGGAUACUACUUUCAGUACCAAUUCCCAAGAAAGGUUUUGAGGUUGGACUUAUAAUAUCUUAUUCUUUUUUGUUAAUAUACCCUCCAUAUCCAUGCAUGAUUCAGAGAGGAGACAUGCCUUUCAUCGGAAUUAUAUUGAAAACCAUGAAGUCAGUCCAAACAUCAAAGAUAAGCAUCUUAUCUUGGAGAACAGCAAAAACUCUAUUAGGACUUUUCUCAGCAGAAAAUCAAACGUAAGAAAACUUCCGAUUUUAACUUGUAGACCGAAGAACAGGGUACGUACGACGUGAGAUUCAAUUUGGACAUUGACAAACAGUUUUUCCAAGCAGAGUUUACGGAACAUGGGGAGAAAUUUUCAAUGUAUUUGGACCAAAAAAAUGUAAGUAUUUUUAAGCAUUUAUUUUGGGAGAUUUGAAAUGUUUUUCGUCUUGUCUGUCGUCAGAAUAAGAUUUAGGCCCUGUCCACACUAAUGCGGUUUCAAACGUAUGCGGUUUUGUUGUCAUCGAAAACGGAUCGAUCGAUUCGAGUCACCACUACCGUUUUGACUCUUUUUGUGACUGUUCACAAAAAAACGUCCGAAAACGAUAGGAAUGUGUACUUUGUGACGUAAGUUGAACUCUAUGCGCAUGCUAUAAACACACGCGCCAGCGAUAUUUUCGUUCAUCGUUUUCAUGCGUAUUUGAUCCGUUUUCCACUGUUUUCGACCGUCCACACUAAUACGAUCGUUUUGAUCCACUUUCAACGGCAUUUUCAAAUUGAUGAGUUUUCGAUGAAAACGCUUAGCAUAUAAGUGUGGACGGAAGAGGGCCUAAACGCAUCGAAAUGUAUUCGUUUUCAAACAAAAAUGAAUUAGUGUGGACCAGGCCUUAGUUAUCAGAUCUAGAUCAUGACGGCAAAUGACAAACGUUAACUUGUACCUCUACGUGAGUUUUUCCGUCUACAUGUCAUUAACUGCUCAUUAUCUCUAUACAGAUAUUAGUAGGUUCAAAACAGAUUGAUUCAUACAGUCGCAUUUUGUGAACAUUAUAACCAAAGGAUUAUACCUGGUCAGGGAGUUUCAAAGUUAACAUAAAUUACAGCAUCGUUGUUUUCAUCUUUGAUGUUAUUUGCCGCCUUUAUAAUCAGUCCUCUCUCCCAUCCAUGAUUAGACUUCAAAAACUCACCAUUUGCUACUGUGUAUGAGCUUUCUAAAUGUUUACUGUUCUAAAAUUUUUGAUGUUUUGUAGAACAAGUAUUACUUGGUCCACCCGGGAGGGUGCAUCGCUGGCGACCCUAGCACGGCACCCGCGAUGUUCCCGCUCAACCCCGGAGAAGUGAGCCAAUAUCUAACACCAGUUGCCUCUGGUAAACUCGGAUUAAAUGGAGCUUCUGUUAACCUGUAUUCAGUCAAAACAGAUGAAGGUAAGAAUUCAGAGAGAUGCAUUGCCUUUCUUGUUAGUGCCAUAAAUAAAGCUAGUAACAGAUUCAGGUUUUGACUAAUCCUAAAGAAGAUAAUUAUUUCGUUAAGUAAAUGCAAAGAAUAUCAUCGCAGUUGAAGACGAUACUUAAUAUACCAUUGCGAAAAGAAAGCCAGACGAAAUUUCAUGCUUUUCGGGAAAGGUUGCGUCUUUAACUGCGAUGAUCUUGUUUGUAUUUAUUUCUUCUUCGCGGUUCAGCUUUAUGAAAUUCAUACACAGCAUACACUCAUAAUUUCAUAUUUCAUCACAGCAACUCAGAUGGCCAGAUUACCACUAACCAGCAUUGUCCUGUAACAAGUGGAAAAAUCAGUUUACUGUUUUUCUACUUGGUAUUCAAAACUGUUACUGAUACAGGUCUACACAGGAUCCAGUUGUCUUUACUGGUGUUUUGCUGUAGUUUUGACUUUAUUUGUGUUUUUGAUACAAAUUGUCCCUAAAGCCUGGGGUCGUUUCUCUGCACAAUUACCCGGACAUACUCGCGGCCUUAAUCUGCAACCCCUAGCCUACUUUUUCCCUCCAUGAGAGAUGAAAACAUCAACUAGAACAAGCUAUAAUUCCUGAGGAGAAAAUGCAUUAGAAUGGUCACACAUUAUACUACUAACCGCGAUGAAUUCUGUUUUUCAGGUUCCGGUAUGGUGACUUUGGAGGGUGGUGAUACUUGCAUUCCAGUGACCUUUGCCUAUCAUGACGAUUCCAGUUCGGACUAUGCAAGGUACGUAACGUUGCUCAUCACUAAUUUCGAGUUUUUUUUAGUCCGAUCAUCUGGUUUAAUAGGCAUCAAACAGUAUUUUGCCUACCCAUGGUAUGGGCGCAAAUUGUGAAAUCGCAACUUAAACAAACGGCAACCACAAUCUGGGUGUUCCCACGUUCUUUCGACACUACCUAAUUCCCACACUGACAAAUAAGCCUUCCCUUCCCUAUCACCUUUUAGAGUUGUUGUUUCGCUGUUCAAGUUGUCUGUAAAAAACAGCAAACAAGCCAACUUGGCAAAUAUUUGUUAGGUAUUUAUUGAGAAGAACACUUGAAUUGACAAAUCAAUUAGCACUUGUACAAAGCUGAAAUAGCAGAAAAUCUAAAACAUCUUCCGUCGACAAACUGCCAAUUACCUGGAUUUUAAAAUGCCAUCAGUUCACUUCUUAAUUAUGGUCUCAGUCUUAUGCAAAUAGCUUGAAAUACAAUGAAAUAGAAUAAAAUAAACAAUGAAGGGCAUGGUCGGAGGAGGGGUUGAAUCCAGUUUUAUUUCUCCGCCAAAAUAUAGCACAUUUCAUGAAAGUUUCUAACAACCAAUGCUGUUACCGAUUGUAGCAGUAGGUUGUUAUUAGAUCUCCCACGAAGAAGUGUUAGUCCCGUCAGUAUACGCAAGGGUUUACCACCGUCAAAAGUAAUCACGUGUAUUCCCCAAGUGGGGAAAAAUGCAAAAGGCUUCAGUAUCUUGUCAAAGGGUACUUGUAACAUGAAACCCGCUCCAAGGAAACAGACAACAGCUUGCACAGGAGUUUUAACGAUAAAACUUCUAGUUUUAUCCUUGGCCAAAAGAUCUGUACUUUUUUGGUUGGCCCCCAGGGGAAAAUUCCUGCUACACAACAUAUUGAGUGGUUCAUUCCCACACCCCUUGGAAUUAUAUAACUCCUACCUAAGAUAUCCAUCUUAAAUAAUGAUUACUUACUUUAUAUCUAGUUAUUUUGACUUGCAACCUGAGGUGGACCCCAAGAAGAUGAAAAUACCCGAGGAGUGCAUAAAUGGUCAUCGCUCUAUUCCAGCAAGACUUGUACGCAUAAGCGAAGCAGUCAAGAGGGGAUUUACGGGAGGUACGGUCAAUAAAAGGGGAUUUCCUUGGGCGAGUGGCGCAAACGAUGGCGUUCACAAAAGAGGAUUCCCCUGGACCAUAAACGGGUGAUACAUAAAUUAAGUCUCAAGGAUUGGUCGGUUAAGCCCCUAAGAAAGUCUUACGGAAGAAGAAACAAAGUCUCAUUUCAA